GGUCAAAACAUCACUUGAUGCGUUGAGGAUGCAACGUGAUCUUUGCAACGGUGGGCUUGCAUGCGCCGUUGUGUGGGUGUCAUCGACCUGCCUUCUUCUUCUUCUUUCAUUGUCAUCCUUGGUUGGAGCUGAGUCAUCUCUAAAAGCUACAACAGGUCGAUGUCCAUCCUUCGAAGAGCAAAACAUUUGUCCAUCGAGGUCACCAUCCUGUAAGAUAGAUUCCGAAUGUCAAUUAUUCGAAGAACGUUGCUGCAAAACAGCCUGCGGAUUGAGAUGCGUCGGUAGCGAACUAUCAGGAUGCGAACAAUUGGCUUUGGCAGCUGUUAAGAGAUUCCGUGCUCUUGACAGUUGGACCGUGAUAUCGCAAUAUAUACCAAAAUGUAAUAACAAAACAGGAGAUUUUGAGAGGGUACAGUGUGAUCCCGAGAAAAAACGUUGUUGGUGCGUCGACGAGAAGAUUGGUAGUGAAAUUCCUGGAACGAUAGGAUCUAACAUCGAUGAUAUUGAUUGCAAUAAUCCUAAACCAUGUCCAGCACAUUCUUGUCGAAUGUUUUGCCCGCUUGGAUUCGAAAUCGAUACGAACAGUGGGUGUCCCAAGUGUGAAUGCAGAGAUCCAUGUCGUGGUAUAACUUGUCCAAGUCCGGGUCAGAUAUGUGAAUUAAUCGAUGUACCCUGUGCACGUCCUCCGUGUCCACCGGUGCCAAGCUGUCGUAAAGCUAAAUCCCUCUUCAACGUAUGCCCGGCAGGUGAACCAUUGCAAAUCACAGAUUCUUUGAGACCAUUCCUAUGCGGUAAUACAGCAGGAAAACCAAGUUGUCCGCCGAUGUAUAGAUGUUUGGUAGAUCCGAAACAGGAAUAUGGGGUUUGUUGUCCCUCAAAUUUCAAUUUAACGAGAGCCGGUACUUGCCCAAACGAGGAACCAACGAUUUGUGGUAGAACGUGCCAACACGAUUUGGAAUGUCCACCGCCACAGAAAUGUUGUCAAAGUGAACGCUGCGGUGGUAGUUGUUUUAUACCCGAAAAUCUUAGCGUAUGUCGGCAUGAUCGUAUGCUGGCAGAAAUGUUAAGUAUUUCGGAAAAACAGGGCCGAGGUUACAUACCGCAAUGUACGGAAGAAGGAGAAUUUCAAACUAAACAAUGUUCGAGGAACGGUCUGGUAUGUUGGUGUGUCGAUGAUGUUGGUCGAAAGAUAUCUGGUUCAAUGGGACCAGCUGAUAAAGUAAAUUGUACGUCGAUUGCCAAGGCAAGAUCUUUAUCGACAUCUUGCAUUCAACAACAGUGCGCUCAAGUUUGUCAAUAUGGAUUUAAAACUGAUUCUUCCGGUUGUUCUACAUGCGAAUGCGAUAAUCCUUGCGAGGGUUUUCCAUGUCCAUCCGAAGAAGAGUGUGUGCUCAAACAGGAAACGAAUUGUCCUGAUUUUCUUUGUCCUACCAAGCCAGAAUGUAAAGCAAAAAGAACUUAUAAAAGCCCUUGCAUUUUCGGUACACCUCUGAGCGACGAAGAAGGUAAUGCGAUCACGUGUUCUAACAAUCAGACCUGUCCAUAUAAUUACGCGUGUACAGUGGUACCGGAAGCUGGACAAUCAAUCUGUUGCGCUAUACCAUCGACCACAGUAAAAAAAUUAUCAAUGUGCGAAUAUCUGCGAGAUUUCGGUGAACGAAUGGAAGGUACGAGAGAAGGUAUGUCCUUGGCUGUUCCACCACCGCAAUGCGAGGAAAAUGGUACUUACAAGCCUUUGCAAUGUAAUAACGGUACCUGUGCUUGCGUGAAUCAGUACGGAGUUAUUUUGCGCGGUGACGUCAGUCCCGAGACCGAUUGCAAAAGUCUUAAAAGUCCUUGGCAAGUGUGUACCCCGAUAUCGUGCGAUUUGGUAUGUCCUUACGGUUACGACAUAGAUACGAAUGGUUGCGAGCAAUGUAAUUGUCACGAUCCUUGUAAAGAUGUGUCUUGUGGCCUACGAGAAGUUUGCACAAUGGUGGACGUAAAUUGUGGCACAGGAGAAUAUUGUCCACCCGUUCCUGCAUGUCUGACAACGAAACCCGGACAAUGUCCCUAUUUGGUACCAAGUUCGUCGAGCUGUGAAUUACAAUGUAGUAACGAUCAAGAGUGUUCGAAUUCGGAUAAAUGUUGUUCAACAGGUUGUGGUACGCAAUGCGUAGCACCUGUCAUGGCCACUGCUUGUCAACAUGCACAGGCUGUAGCCAAGCACGCGGCUAGAGAAUCUGGUGAACCAGCGAGAAGAAUUUAUAUACCUAGAUGUGACGUCAAUGGGGCAUUCGAGGCAGUCCAAUGUCACAACGGUAUGUGUUGGUGCGUCGACGUGGAAGGAAGAGAAGCUGCAGGUACACGCGUUCUCGAAGGUAUCGUACCGAGAUGUAACAAGCCUCAAAGAUGUCCAGAAAUCGAUUGUAAGCUCGAUUGUCGAUCGGAAGGUUUUGAAUUGGAUCUAGAUAGUGGUUGUCCUAUGUGCUCAUGUAGAGAUCCAUGUAAAAGAGUAACUUGUCGCGGUGAGAAUGAAGCUUGUAGAAUGGUCGAGGUGGCUUGUAGUGUACCACCUUGUCCACCAGUACCAGUUUGUUUACCGAAGAAGGAUAAUCCAUGUCCAAAUGGAACGCCUCUUCUAGAUCAAAAUAGAUUACCUGCUACUUGUGGUCCUCACGGUCAUCAAUGUCCAUCUACACACAAGUGCGAGUUGUCGCCGUUAGAUGAAUAUGCUGUUUGUUGUCCAAAACCACGUGAGGUUUGUUUUGAACCAUUACGUACAGUACCGUGUAAUACGACGACAAUGUACAAUGAAACAAAUAGAUGGUACUUCGAUCCAGAGAAAAACGAAUGCAGAAUAAAAACCGAAUGUACGCAUGGCCAUAAUGAUUUCUCAAGUCGUUUGAUAUGCGACACCGUUUGUCCUGUCUUGUCUCAGUGCGAAAGACUCCGAGAGAAAAAUUUGAAAACAUCACAAAGAUUAAAACAAUCGACAUUUCUACCUAGAUGCAAUCAAGAUACUGGCAUGUGGGAAUCUGUUCAAUGUUUGGAACACGUUGGUGUUUGUUGGUGUGUUAAUAGAAAAGGACAACCCAUGAAAGGAUCGCUUAUCAGAGGACUCGAACCAAAAUGUAACUUUAGACAGGCUAGACGUGGCGGUAGAGGUCCUACGAAUCAAGAAAUAGAUUACAAGAUUCAGGCCUUCAUGGAAGGUACUUUGUUGGAAUUAUUAGAGGCUGAUGAGAAACAAAUGAAAAAGAUCAUCGUUACCAGAUGCCAAGCAAUGAGAGACAGAGGUCAUGUAUCGGCUAUAUGCGAUCGUCAAGGUAAAUUUGAACCUACUCAAUGUGCUGGUGAUACAUGCUGGUGCGUCGACGAAGCUGGCAAUCAACUGGUUGGCUCAGAACCAUUUUUAAAAGGAACUAACAUAUGUUUACCAACUCCAAUUGAGGCAGUAGAAGUCAUAUUACGUUUUCCAGGAAGAUUUUUAAUAACCGACAAGGUACGCUUUAAAGGGGAAGCUAAAAAAUUUUUGUACGAAUUAGGUGCAAGGAUAAAGGACGAUAUUGAAGUAGAUCUCGAACGUGAUUCGGCCUUUUUGAAAUUUGAUAUUAUCGGUACGAAUAAGGUCGACAUAGCUUUUCAUUUGGAAGAAUUGACAAGGAUGCAGAAACUAUUAAUCCUUGGGUCAUUGGCCGAUGAAACGACGUCACGAUUCACACAUAAAUCUAUGCCAGUCGCUGUUGAAAACAGGAUCGUUGCGUUAGAGCAACGGGAGAUUCUAACGGAAGUUGAAGCACCCGUUUAUCAAACGGCCACUUUGGUUUUAGCGGCAGCCAGCGCCUUUGUUAUCAGCAGCUUGAUAAUCCUCUUAAUGUUGUAUCGAAAAAAGAUGAAGAUGAAGGAUCCAAGAAAAACUUUGCCGAUGGAUCAACAUUUCCUUGCUUAUAAUCAACAACCGGUUUACGUAAUAUCCGGCCUGGAAAAAGAUGAAAAGGAUGCAGGACAACUACAAGAAAAUGCACUUGCUACGAGACAACCAUUAUUGAAAAUCUUUCGAUCCUCGACAUAUUCAGAUUGAUUUUUACGAGAUAUAAUUAACAGGUUAUGUAUCCAAACUAUAUUAACAUA